AUGUCUGCCAACCACCACAGUCCAACUGAAUACGAAGGGGAGUCGUUCGACAACGCCCUCGAAACCGCCCAAAUCCAGGAGAACCUGAGUGUCGACAUCCCCAAGUCCACCUCCACGCGAUCCUUGACCGACAGUCCACCAAUCGGUACAAUAACGUCUCCGGAGACGGCGGAGAAACCUCCGCUGCCUUCUGAGCUGAGCGACGAAAAAGAGACCGAGGUGGUCGACCAGAGUGGCGAGGAGGGAAAGAACGAAAAGAAGAAGAAUAAGAAGAAGAACAAGAGAAAGGGGAAGAAGACGGACGACGCAACUGAUGGCAAUGAAACCAACGACGAUGCAAACACCGUGACAGAUGAGACCAACGAUAUCGACAUGCCGGAGCAAGGAUCCGAGGUUACUCAGACAGAGGAGAUUGGAGAGGUAAACAAGCAAGAGGAACACGUUGAUGUGGCUCCCCAGAAGUCACCUCUUCUCACAUCCCACCGACUUUCAACCGCAUCGUCGCUAGACGAAAUCAACUUGAUGAACGGCAAGGACGACGACCUGACAGAGAAGGGGCCAACCUCAGGAGACAAUAUGGACUCGCCUCCAGUACCUCCAAAGGAUGACACCGCCUCGAGCUCUGGCUUGAUGGGCUUGUCAGGAAGUCUUCCCUCGCUGCCCUGGGGAGCACCUCCAGUCAACAAGAACCCUCCUCCCGCACCGCCACCACCCCCUACCCGCAAGCCGAGCGGUCCAUUCGCAUGGUUCUCCCGAAGCUCGAGCGUACCAAAGGAUGUCAAAUCGCCUCCAUCGGCCGCCAGCCGACGAAACACUGCGACCUCAGUAUCGACCCUCGCAAGCAACCUAGAAGGCGGCGACGACGUGUCGAGCGUCGGCUCCAAGAAGCCGAGACGGAACAGCUUGAAGGAUCAAUUCAAGAUGCUUCGCUUGCGCGAAGAGAACCAUGUGCCUGAAGUUGACGAGACGAGCCUGCGAUCAGGCAGUAUCAGCCACGCUGGAGCCAGUCCCCCAAUCAUCCGCGAGGAAGGAGAAGACGGCCUCAUCGGCGCCCCAGAAGAGCCUCUAUCAGCAACAACACUCCACCCUCGCACUGGGUCUGUGUCGGACGCUUCCACGCCGGUCGAUUGGGAGAUGUGGCAACAGCUCGUGAACAACGGACCCCAGGCGCUAGCCAGCUCCGAAGAACUAAACGCGGCCAUCAAGCGUGGUAUUCCGCAAACAAUUCGAGGAGUGAUUUGGCAGAUCCUGGCAGAUUGCCAGACAGCCGAAUUGGAGGAUGUUUACCGAGAGCUGGUGGCACGGGGAACGACACACGAUAAGGAUGGACGGACAUUAACAGGCGCUGAAACCACUUCCUCACGCUCAUCCGUUCGCUCGGAGUCUGGGUCUCGGUCGAGCAGUGCUGCUCCUAGUCCAUCUCACGAAGCGGACCCUGAUAAACUAGCCAAGGACCAGGCUGCCAGCGAGGCCGAGCGAGCGAAGAAAGCCAAGAGUGACGUUGUUGCCUUGCAGAAGCUGGAGAAGGUUAUUCGACGGGAUCUGGGUGCUCGCACAAGCUAUGCCAAAUACUUCGUUUCGCAGGGUAGUCAGGAAGGUCUCUUUGGGCUGUGCAAAGCCUACGCAUUGUAUGAUGAAGGUGUUGGCUACGCGCAAGGCAUGAACUUCAUUGCCAUGCCCUUGUUGUUUAACAUGGACGAGGUUGAUGCCUUUGCGAUGCUCGUGAAGCUGAUGAACAAGUAUUCUCUUCGAGAUAUGUUCAUCCAGGAUAUGCCUGGACUUCACCGUAGCCUGUAUCAAUUUGAGAGACUCCUGGAAGACUUAGAGCCUGCCCUUUACUGCCACCUCCGGCGCCGUGGAGUACCUCCCCAGCUGUAUGCCACGCAAUGGUUCUUGACCCUCUUCGCAUACCGAUUCCCGCUGCAGCUAGUCCUACGCAUUUACGAUUUGAUCUUUGAAGAAGGACUGGAGAGCACAAUUCUCAAGUUCGGUAUUGCCAUCAUGAAGCGCAAUGUCGAGACUCUUCUCGAGAUGAAAGAUAUGAGUGUGCUCACCACAUUCUUGAAAGAGCGUCUCUUCGAUGCCUACAUUGACAAACAACCAUCUACCUCGUCGAUCCUGGAAUCAGGUUUCUUCGGCAGCUCCGGCGCUGCGGACAAGGAAGUUUACCGCUCGGACAUCCUGGUACAAGAUGCUUGCGCAAUCCCACUCACACCUCAGAUGCUUGCCACAUACACAGUUGAAUGGGAAGAAAAGACACGCACCGAGAAGGAACGUGAACACGAGCUUGAACAUCUCCGGCACACAGUCAGCACACAAGGCGCCCGUGUCCGACUCCUCGAGGAGCGCGCCGAAGCAUCCGACAAGGAACAUGUGCAGCUAGCUUCGGAACUGGUGCAUGUCAAGGUUGAGAACGAGGAGCUGCGCGACCUCACGGAUGCCUUGAAGCUACAAGUCGGGGAGCUCAAGAACAUAGUCGAUAAACAGCCUGCGGAGGUCGAGGAGAAGCUGCGGAUGGAAAUGGAACGUAUCAUGAAGCGCAACAUCGAAGUCCAGAACGAGAACCGCGCUAUGGAGGAGUCCAUGUCCGAGAUGGAGAAGGAGUUGGUAGCGACGAAGAUGAAGUGGGCAGAGAUCUCCGAAAACCACGAGACCCUGCGCCAAAAAUGGAGCGACCUGCGUCGCGCGCUCGACUGA